AUGUGGUCUGAAAUAUUUCUGAUGUGCGUUGGGGUUAUCUGCGUGGCUUCUGAGAAAAAGGCAUGGAAUGUUUCAUCAAAUGCCUCUUUCCCGGGCUUGUAUGAAAUAGAAAUAAAUAAUACUGAGUCUUGCCUGUCGUUCUGCUACUAUAAGAAAGGUUGUUUCGUGGUCAACUUUGACGCCAGUGCCGUGCCUCCAUGCUCGAUUCAGGCCACAGACAUCAUCGUUGACUCUGCGCUGUUGAAAUCAAAAGAAAACGUCACUAAUUACAUUCUUGUCAAUGUUGACGCCAAACGAUUGGAGCAGGCACCUUUCAACGAUGUCCGAUCGUGCACGGACCAUUGCUUCCAAAGUAAAAAUUGUUACGCCGUUGAUUUUGACACCAAAACUACACCGAGCUGUUGGAUCCAGACGGAUCCUGCUAUUGAUGCCGACCCAAAAAAAUUGUAUCCAAUGGAAACCAACACCAACUUCAUUUGGAGUAAAGAAUAA